UUGAAUGCGGAGCGUUCGCAUUCGGAAUUGUUGAAAAUAACUAAACUGCGUACGCAGUGGUAGCCCACGGCAACACAAGAUCGACAAGCGAAUUGAUCGAUUGAUUUCCCUUUGCUUGCGUCUGAAUGAAACCAAACGCAUAGUGUGCAUUUAGCAUGGCUCUGCUUCUCGGUCAGCGCUUCAAUGCGAUAGUUUUUCACACAAGAAGCCACGGGAAGAAUUUGUGGAGUGUUGAACCGGGUGCUGUUGUGUUCCUUCGGCACUGUUCCUCGCUGGCUCCCGACAACGAAUUCCAACUCCCAAUCGCUAGAAGCCGCACGCUAUACUAUUCCAAACUACGAUAUUUCCAAGGAGUCGAGGACCGUUUCGAAACCAAGGGCUUUGGUAGCUCGCAUCUCAGAUGUCGACCGGAUUGCGUCGGCUUGCUGUUGAAGAGCCAUCGAAAAAGGCAGUUCAGCAGCGUGGCAAGAAAAAGYACCGGGAGGAAUGAUACCACUGGUGCAUUCGCAGACGAAACUGGCGACCACGGUUUCACAGAUAGUGCUAGUUUCGACUACGGGAAUGACAGCAACGAAGAAAGUAUCCCCGACGAAGACUUGUAUUCGCUGCAACCAUGGAAGUUGCUGUUGGAGGCACCGGCGAGAGCCUCGUGGCGAGCAACGGAUCCGCGGAAAGAUCCGCCCGAGCACCUUGUCGAUGCGAUGCACCGCAUUCUCGAUGAUGGCGACCGGACCUCCAAGCAGCUCCGUCGGGCUCACCGCAAGGUCCUGUCGAUCCAAUCCGAUCUAGCAGAUCUUCGGGAGAAGGAACGACGGAUCAUGGUGAACGGGAAACGGCACUUCAAGCAAAGGCAGCAGCAACAACAGCAAGAACAACAGCUCAGCGACGACGAGGAUCCCGGCGUCGAUGAUGUAGACGACGACGCUAGCUAUUACAGCAGCAAUCGCAAUCAGUCGUCUGCGCCCUUAUCUGUCAGCCCGGUAUAUUAUGGAUACGAUGAGACACUGAGCACCCUGAAGCAUCGACUGACACCAAAUUAUGCCAUUACCAAACGAGUCCUAGCAGAAUGCCGGAGCUUGCUGGGAGGGAAACUGACGCAUGUCGCAAACAGCGGAAGUUGUGGCAAAGAUAGCAACGAGUCCGACGCUAUUUAUUCUUUCAACUGGAAUCCAAAACGGAUUCUCGAUUUUGGUAUUGGAUGUGGAAGUGCAUCUGCAGCAGCGAUGGAUCUGUUCAGGGGCAGCGAAAACGACGGUUUUUCGGGAGUCGAGUGGAUCCAUGGGAUCGAUCCUUCCCAACCCAUGCGAGAAUGCUCGAUGAAACUGAUCGAAGGAAUGUCACGCGGGCAUUYCAAUAGAACGARWUCUUCUGACUCGCAAAGUCUGCCACCAUUGACUCCUCGAAUCACCUUUAGCAACAGCUUGUCACCGUCCUCGGACGAUUCAUCGUCGUCGUCGUCGGCGGCGGGAUCCUUUGAUCUGGCCCUUUUUGUCUAUACUGCAUCGGACCUUCCCGACGUUGCAUCGUGUUUGGCAGCCGCAGCGAUGGCCUUUGAAAAACUCAAACCGAAUGGCGUCUUUGUCAUGAUCGAACCAGGAACACCGGACGGCUUCAACUCUACCCGUGCCGUUCGAAACAUGUUGCUGGACUGCUGUCCGCCCCACGAUUCAGAUUUUGAAUGGGAAGACCGGUGUCACAUCAUCGCACCUUGCACACACAAUGGGACUUGUCCGAUGGAGCGCCACAAAAAGAAUUUUUUUGGAGCCCACAAGAAACCCAUUGGAAAACUAGGCCAUGACUUGCCACAGGAUUUUGACAACGAGGAAUUGUCGAAACGCACGACAGAAAACGACGGCUACGAGAGUGGCGAUGAUUACGAUGGUGAUUUUGACGCUAGUGAUUACGAUCAAGAUCACAUAGAUGUAGACUCUCCCGAUAGUCUCAAAAUGUCCGAGACGGAGGCCUUCAAUUCAUCCUUUUGCAGUUUUGUCCAUUCCGUGUCCGGCGACUCCAGGCGGAAAGGAGAAAAGUUUUCUUAUCUUGUUGCUCAAAAACAAAGAUUUCGCCAACCAGAAAAUGGUGCCAACGACGAAAGGAUCGAUGCUUCUACAGAGGGGGAUCCGUUCCGCGACGACAAUGUAACGAAGUUGCUUACCGAUGCUCUGGAUGCCGCAUCGUUCGAAGCAGACGACCUGGCCCAUCGCACGUUCGAAGAGGCACGGGCAUUGAGUUCGCGAUACAUCGACUCCGACAACGAUGACCUCGGACUCGAAUUGCUGCAGGGCGAAGCCAAGCGGCAAUCCAUGGGGAGAAUCAUUCGGGCGCCCAUCAAGAAGAAAGGCCACGUCUACAUCGAUUACUGCGCCGCUCCUGGCAGGAUAAUUCGAAGCAGGGUGACAAAAGCACUGUCCGGCAGUGCCGCGCCAGGAAUCUAUGGCGCGGCUAGAAAGAGUCGUUGGGGUGGAUUGUGGCCGGAUACUAUGGAUCGAAUAUUUUCGGCAUAUCACGACACUGAACCAAGAAAGAAAUGAACAUCGCAAAAGGAUUAGGUACUAGAAUCGUUUACCUGCAUUAAAGAGGAAAUCAACAA